GAUCGCUCGGCCUCCCGGAUGAAGGAGCUGAGGUCCAGGCCCUGACGGGGAAAGUGGAGACCGGCUGAUGCAGAGUGCCGGGCGCCGGCUCGUGGACCCUGGAGUUGUAGCGGGGGUCGGGGAGGAGGACAAGCUGUCCACGACGGCUGAGAAAAAUGGGAGUGCGGCCGCAGAGGAACGGGGAGCCCCGCCCCUCCGCCAUAGCGGCCUUCGGCGCCGCCUCUUCCUUUUCCAGUCCCGCGCCCUCGCCUGCUUCCGGCUCUGUUGCCUGCCGGGGUUCGGCGGGCUCCCACGGGAGCAGCUUCCCCGAGGGCUUUGGCUUCUUCGGCGUGAGGGGGGUUUGCCUGGUGUCCGGUAGGGCUGGUGUCUGGAAGGAGCAAGCUAGAACGAGCUUCCCACACCACAGGGCUGUCAGACGGCGGCUCUGACUGGUUUCUGCCCGCGAAGGCCUCUGGCCCCGAGGACCCAGGCGCGAGCGACUUCACCCGCAAAGCUCGUUCGUUUCCCCCCCCGAGAGCCCGGGCCUCCAGUGCUGCUGGCUGUCCCAGAUUCUGAGUUAGGGCCGCCUACACUGAGCGUCCGCAGCCAGAUCGUUGGGCUAGGCAUUGGGGGGCCUGGGCUGUAGGCCUGAUGUGGACGGGUCGCAUCCCCUCUGGUCGCCAGUGAGGACAGGCACUGUGAGGUUUCCAGAAGCAAACCCCCCUUCACACCGUUUAAGGACCCUCGGGUGUGUCACUCGACUCCUGUGAGCCUCAGUUUUCAAAUCCAUAAAAUGGCGAUGGCAAUUAUGCUGGCCUCACCGUGUCUAAGAGAUCUAUAAAAGUGAAACCAGUCCGUCAAAGAGCCUGGGUUGUUGACAAGUUUUCUUUUGUUUUUCCUUGGUUCCCCUGUAAGUUAAGGGGUGGGGCGCUACAAACCAAGCCUGUGGUCACUGAGGCCGCAGCUUGAGCCUGGGGAGAGGAAGAAUGCCAAGUCCGGUCCAGAAGCAGAGAGUUUGGGAGCCUGCGGGAGCUGGAGGCCGGUAGCUGUUCGCCUGGAUUCCUGGUAGCGAACAGGAGGAUGUGGCCCUUGGACCCGUCCCGGAGAGAGGUGCUGAGGUUUGCUGUCCACUGCCGUGUCCUGACUCUGGUGUUGCAGGCUGUCUUCAAUGCCAUCAUCCCGGAUCAUCACGCGGAAGCCUUCUCUCCUCCCCGCCUGGCCCCCUCAGGCUGUGCGGACCAGGCCGUGGAGGUUCUCCUGGGCGGCCUGUCUCGCUGGGAUGCUGAGCACUUCCUGUUCAUUGCUGAGCAUGGCUACCUCUACGAGCACAACUUCGCCUUCUUCCCAGGUUUCCCCUUGGCGCUGCUGGUGGGGACCGAGGUGUUGAGACCCUUGCGGGGGUUCCUGAGCCUGAGAAGUUGCCUACUGAUUUCAGUCGCGUUGCUCAAUUCCUUGUUCUCUGUGCUGGCCACGCUCGCGCUGCAUGACCUGGGCUGUCUGGUUCUGCACUGUCCCCGCCAGGCCUUCUACGCUGCGCUGCUCUUCUGCCUGAGCCCCGCCAAUGUGUUCCUGGCAGCCGGCUACUCGGAAGCUCUAUUCGCCUUUCUGACUUUCAGUGCCCUGGGGCAGCUAGAGAGGGGCCGAGUCUGGAUGAGUGGGCUCCUCUUUGCUCUGGCCACCGGUGCACGCUCCAACGGGCUAGUCAAUGUUGGCUUCCUGCUGCACGCUCAGUGUCGAGGCUUCUUUUCUGCUCUUGGAGUGCGGAGUCCCCUGAGACCGCUCUGGAAGCUGAUGACCUCUGUGUGCCUGUCGGUGCUCGCACUCAGCCUUCCCUUUGUGCUCUUUCAGUAUUACGCCUACAGCCGGUUCUGUGUGCAGGGCACAAGCCUCCCCAUUCCCAAGGCCUUGGUGCAGUUAGCAGUGGACAAGGGCUAUCGGGUUGCUGGGGGAAGGGAGCCGCCUUGGUGUUCCUGGGCCCUCCCCCUGAUCUACAACUACAUCCAGGAUGUCUACUGGAAUGUUGGCUUUCUGAGGUACUACGAACUCAAGCAACUGCCUAAUUUUCUACUGGCUGCCCCAGUGGCCAUCCUGGUCACCUGGGCAACUUGGACGUAUGUGACCACCCACCCUUGGCUCUGCCUUACACUGGGCCUUCGAAGGAGCAAGAAUGAGGCUCUGGAGAAGCCGGCGCCUGGAUUCCUCAGUCCUCAAGUGUUUGUCUACCUCGUGCACGCGGCCGUGCUGUCGCUGUUCGGAGGGCUCUGCAUGCACGUUCAGGUUCUCACAAGGUUCUUGGGCUCCUCCACUCCUAUCGUCUACUGGUUUCCGGCACACUUGCUGCAGAGUCGGGAGACGCUGUUGAGAACCCUGGAGACCACGCCUGAGAGGCCUCUUGCAGGGGACUUCCCACUGCGACAGACAGUCCCCAGAAAUUGUAUCAUGGGACUUUUGUACAACUGGAAAACCUGUUCUCCAGUCACCCGAUGCAUUCUAGGCUACUUUCUGAUUUACUGGCUCCUGGGACUACUCCUUCAUUGCAACUUCCUGCCUUGGACAUGACCUGGUGUCUGAAGGGAUGAGCUGGAGGCUUAAUGCAGAGGUGUGGAAGUAAAGGGAGAGUAUGGGCGCUGCCUGCAGUCCCUUAGGACCCCUCUUGUUCCCUGAUGGCUGCAUGGGAGUUCGAGGAGUGUGUCACAGAGAGCCCUUCUGGUCCUGGCCAAGACGUAUUACAGAGGAAGGGCCGUUUCGGCUCUAUGUGAAGACGCCAUGUUGCAGGUUUAAAGCAUACCUGAGCCUGUCCAGCCAACCAGCAUGACAGACAGUUCAUGGCUGCUGCCAGUCCCUGUGGAUGCACAAGUGUAGAUUCCACCCAAAGCUCUAGCUGAUGGGCCUAUAUGUCCAAACUCCGGCUUGGCCUUAAUACAGAGGAACCAUCUUUUCUGGAUGUCUCUGAUGAAUUUUGUCCAUGAAUUAUGUACUUAUUGAUAGGAAAAGGUUUUAUGAAGACAAAAAAGGAUGAAUAAGAUGCUGCAGGAGCCCCAGCGUGUGGCUGUGUGACCCAAGGACCGUGUUGAGAAACUAAAACCAGGGAGGACAAGUGGCACAUUGUUUUGAAAUCAAGAAGUAUGAAACUGCCCACUCUGCGCCUCUUGUGGCUAUCUGGGAUCCCUGGAGAUUCUGUUUGAGAUCCAUAUGGAAGCAUACAUUCACAGUAAGUAGACUGAAAAAAAAAAUGUGUGGCAAAUUGAAUUAAAAGAUGAGUGCAUUAAUAGGCUCCCACAUGGAAAUCCAUGCGUACAAGGCUAUUUAAGUGUCUUCCUUUUUCUGCUGACUCGGCAGUGUGCCAUGCAGUGCUACGAACCUGGGGCAUGUGUGAUAAGGAAAUGCAGUAUAUGAAGCUGUCUGGGAAAGGCAAACUGCAGGGGAGGACAGUAGCCGGAGACAUACGGAAGAGCUGACGUACAUUUUUUAGUCCAAAACUCACUUAUUGGCAGAAUCCCUCUCCUUUGAGAGGUCAGCCUUACUUCUGUUCAGGCCUUCAAUGGAUUGGACGAGGCCCACCCACACUAUUGUGGGUAAUCCUCCUUACUCAGAAAUCUCCUGAUUGUUGAUCUCAUCUGAAGGAAUACCAUCACAGAAACUUGUUCAUAGCAUUUAAGCAAGUAUCUGGGUCCUGGGUCCAGUCGACACAUGAAAUCAAUCAUCACAAGAGAUUUCUUCUGUUUGCUUCUAAUCAGACCCACAUGAGACUCCAUCUCCUUCCCAGAUAAAGUCCUCCAGCUGAUGUGUUAGUGACCUCAUGCCUUGUCUAAGGCUCAGCACACUGGGGCUACCUGGGAGCUGGUGAGAGAACCACACUCUUCACAUGAUGGCUGACUUAGGCAUGACUGUCUUCCAGCACCCAUGUUCAGACUUUUCAGCCUUGUAUUCGCUGUGGUCUAGAGCUGGCCCCGUGUUUCCAUUCCUGAAAGGCUACACAAUCCCUGGCCUUGACUCCCUUUGUGACUCUGCAGCCACGUAAUUCUCACCGCAGCUCAACUCUCUCUUGAAAUGCUCAAUAGAGAUCUCUGCGCUAGUUACCGUCUCACCCCCAGCCCUCCCUCUCUGCCCCUUCUUGCUUUAUCAGAUACUGGAGCUGUGACAAGUGCAAAUGCACUCUAUUGCCUGUAUGCUCGCCUUUGGCCACUAGAGGGGGAUAGUGUGGCCAGAGGAAGAAGGGACUGGAUCCUGUUUGUUUCCUGUUCCUGUGGGAGGCACCUAAAAGUUACUCCUUCCUUCAUAAAGCAGCAGCAGCACCCCGCUCCCCACAGCCCAGGCUUAGAGGCCUGAGUGUUAGCUCUGCAGGCCCUUCCAGUUUUCUUCAUUCUAGAAUUGCAAAGUGUUCCUUUGGCUCUCCCAGUCUUGUUAGUUACAGAGGCUGUUGCCACUUCCAGGAUACCCUUGGGGUUUGUUUUUGAAUCCUUGUAAUUAUCUAGUUAACACCUUUAAGCCUCGUUAAGCAUCCUGACCAUUCUUCAUGUCAAAUUCUCUCUGCAAAGGGUUAUUGUGAGUUCCAUCUCACUGAUUGGAUGAUGUAGAAAUUACUGGGGCAGGGGUGUGUGUGCAGAAACAGCCACAAAAAAUAAGUGAGAUUAGGGAACUGGCUUCCUGGUGUCAGUGGGUUUGACUGCUAACAACUCUGGCAAUGUGUAAUGCAGUGUUAUGAACCCGUGGUAUGCUGGGGCAUAAUGCGGAAUCAAAUUGUCACCUGUGGCUUUGUGUGAUGAAGUGCCAACUAAAGUGGAUGCCUUGGAGGGCCAAGCGGUAGCUGCACUUGACUCCUCCAGCAUUUAUUGUGACUAUGGGAAUAUGGUUGGAGACAGGCCCUUCUGGGCCUCAGUCCUUUCAGAAAUAACAAACUAAGGUCUCUAAGCCCUGAGCUCAGAUUGUGACUAGAGAACUCAAGAACUCUGAGGAUGGGCAUAAAAGAAUCUCUUAUUUCUUGUGGUCACCAUCCUGGCU